AUGGCGCGCACCUCCAUCUUCCGUCUUGGUUCGGCCUUCAACGCCGCCCUCCUCACCUGUAUCAUCCUCAAGCACAUCUCCCUGGCCCUCGUCCGCUCCGCGGCCCGCCACGUCUGCAUGGUCUUCCUCAUGCCCAUUAUGAUUCUUCACGACGAGACAUUCUCACCUCCUUUUACCGCCUUCGCCGCCUAUUCAAGGGCGAUGGAGUACGGCAUGGGUCAAAUCCCGCCGGGCAGAGGCAUAGUCGCCGGUAUCUCUUCCGCCGUCUCGCUUUGA